ACGUCGUGGAAAAAUGCCACCGAUCCCGCCAAAGGGAGCUUCACGGGGGGCAUCGAGGUCAUGAGCGGAAUCCCACAGCUUGUCACCAGGAACGAGGGGCGUCCGUACUGGAGGAGCGGGCUUUGGAACGGCGUGAUAUUUCUUGGGAUAGAGCUAAUGUUCAGCGCCUACUUAGAAGGCUUCCAUCAAGUGAAGAAUGACAGUGUUGGGAAUUUCUUCUAUUCUACGCCGCCGAUAAAAGGUUUUAGAAUAAACACAUUGAAUUCUUCGGGUGCUGUGAUUCGGAAGGUGUGGAAUGGCAUGGAGAAGAGAUGGGACAUGAUGUCCGCAUUUCCUCAACACGAGUGUGAUGUUUCUCGGGAUAAAGCAACUGUGCGACACCUACUUAGAUGGGGUCAAUCACGUGAAGAAUGACGGUGCUGGUAAUUUCGGCUUUUCCCCACCGCAAAAUAAUAAGCAUAUAACUGCCACCGUGAAUUCUUCUGGAAGUUUGAUUCGGAAGACGUGGAAUGGCGUGGACAAGAAAUGGUACAUUUUGAGGGCGUAUCCUGAAAACGAGUGUGAUGUUUACGGAAAGUGUGGGCCAUUUGGUAGCUGCAAUGUCUUGCAAUCGCCUAUUUGUAGUUGUUUGAGAGGGUUUGAGCCUACAAAUGAGGAAGAAUGGGGGAGAGGGAAUUGGACUAAUGGUUGCAGGAGGAGGAAUCAGUUGCAAUGUGGAGACGAUGGAUUUGAGAGAUUGCGGUAUAUGAAGGUUCCGGACUUUGCUCAACCCUUGCCUUCUGGGGUUCAGGACGAGUGUCAGACCAGAUGUCUGGCGAACUGUUCCUGCAUAGCUUAUGCUUAUGAUAUCAACAUUGGUUGUAUGUUUUGGAGCAAUAUCUUGAUUGACACCCAGGAGUUUGGUCAUGUUGGUGUUGAUCUCUACCUUCGUCUCUCUGCUUCUGAAUUUGAUAGCCACAAGGAGACAAAAAUGUACAUCAUAAUUGGAGUUGUUGUGGGUUUUGUUUGCAUAUCUAUUCUGAUGUUUAUUGCUUGGUGGUUUAUAGUGAAGAGGAAAGGGAGCAAAGCGCAAGAUUCAAGUAUUUUGGAAGCAGGGCAGACGUUCACGACGGAUUCAACUGCAAUCAUAUUAAAGGAACUUAAUAUUGGCUAUUCGCCAAAGUUCACUUUCGAGAUGCUUGCUAAUGCAACAAACCAGUUCCAUGUGGAUAAUCUUCUCGGGAGGGGAGGUUUCGGUCCUGUUUACAAGGGAGUUCUGGCAAACGAGAAAGAAAUUGUUGUUAAAAGACUAUCAGCGGAAUCUGGACAAGGGAUGCAAGAAUUCAUGAAUGAAGUGAUUGUCAUUUCCAAACUCCAACACAGGAAUCUUGUCAAACAGUUAGGAGGUUGUGUUGAGAAAGAAGAGAAGAUUCUGAUAUAUGAAUACAUGCCAAACAAAAGCUUAGAUGCUUGUCUCUUCGGUCCUAUAAAUCCAACAAAGAAGUUGUUAGAUUGGAAUAUGCGUUAUAACAUUAUCGAGGGCAUUGCGCGAGGCAUUUUGUACCUUCACAGAGACUCAAGACUAAGGAUCAUUCACAGAGACCUUAAGCCAAGUAAUGUUCUGCUAGACCAAGAUUGGAAUCCAAAAAUCUCGGAUUUUGGGAUGGCAAGAAUAUUUGGAGGCAAUGAAGACCAUGGAAGUACUGCAAGAGUCGUGGGAACAUAUGGAUAUAUGGCGCCGGAAUACGGAAUGGAAGGCAGAUUUUCUGAAAAAUCUGAUGUAUUCAGCUUCGGAGUGCUGAUUCUGGAGAUUAUAAAAGGAAAAAAGAACACACACUAUUUCAAUGAUGAAUUGUCCUUGAGCCUUAUUGGAUGUGCAUGGAAAAUAUGGAAUGAGAGUAACGGCUUGAGUUUCGUGGAGGAAAGCAUUGCAAGUAGGGAGACGGAGGAAGAUAUGGUUCGAUGUAUUCAGAUAGGGCUGCUGUGCGUCCAAGAAUCGCCAAACGAUAGACCUCAGAUCCAAACAGUUCUAUCGAUGUUGAGUGGAGAAAUUGUGAAGCUGCCAGUGCCCAAACAGCCAGUGUUUGCAGAAAAUGGUUCGAACUCGGGCCCCAAUGGAUCAAUACAACAAUAUGUCUUCUCCAAUAACGAGCUCACUCUUAGUGUGCUUGAUGGAAGAUGAAUCUAUUCCAGACUAUCAUUACAUUAUCCUCUGUAUACAAUUUGAUUUUGCUUGAAUGAAUUGACAAUAUUUCAAAAUUUUAGACCCAUUAAGAGCAUACCUAAGCUAAUAGGGACCUGCCCAUGCAACCCGUUUCCCCACCGGUGGAUGAGGUUUGAGCCCGCCUCGGAACCAACUGUUAAGGAACCUCAAGACAGGCCCAAUUCGGAAGUGAAGCCGACUCAGCCCAAGAAGGAUCGGCUAAGGAGACACGCACCCAAGCCUGCCAAAUUCAAGGACUUUGUUCCCCAUUAGAUCAUAAGCCCAAUUAUUCCCAUGCAUUAUCAUACAAUGUCAA